UUUAUAAGUGAGAGAGCACUUACUGCUGGGGGACAGUGUCUAGGCUGUUGAGAGGAAGGAGUAUGGGUUCUUGGGGGGUUUUAGCUACUGGGUUUGCCGUCUUUAUGGGCUUAUGGGUACUAAGAGGGGCCGCGGACGCCUUGCCUGCGUGUGAAUUCCCGGCGAUUUACAACUUUGGGGACUCGAAUUCCGACACGGGUGGCAUAUCGGCUGCGUUUGAACCCAUCCGUGUGCCUUACGGGGAGAGGUUCUUUCAUAAACCGGCCGGUCGAGACGCCGAUGGCCGUCUCAUUGCCGACUUCAUCGCUGAGCAACUGAAACUCCCAUACCUGAGUGCUUACCUCAAUUCACUGGGAACAAACUAUAGGCAUGGUGCGAAUUUCGCCACCGGAGGGUCGACGAUACGGAGGCAGAACGAGACCAUCUUUGAGUACGGGAUAAGCCCGUUCUCACUUGAUAUGCAGAUCGCGCAGUUUAAUCAGUUCAAGCAGCGAACUGCCGAACUUUAUGCCCAAGAAAAAGAUCAGGCUGAGAAGAGCAAACUGCCUGUUCAAGAAGAGUUCUCAAAGGCGCUGUACACGUUCGAUAUUGGGCAGAACGAUCUCUCCGUCGGGUUUAGGAAGUUGAGCUCCGAUCAGCUCAAAGCUGCAUUGCCGGAUAUAGUGAACCAGCUAGCUUCAGCUGUCCAAAACAUAUACGAGAAGGGUGGGAGGUCAUUCUGGAUCCACAACACAGGCCCCAUUGGUUGCUUGCCGGUGAACCUCUUCUACAACCACAAUCCGCCACCGGGCUAUCUUGAUGAAAAUCGGUGUGUCAAGUCCCAGAACGAGGCUGCCAUGGAGUUCAAUCGGAUCCUCAAGGAACGGAUUGUAAAACUGAGGACUGAGCUCCCAGAGGCCGCAAUCACUUACGUGGAUGUGUAUGCAGCUAAAUAUGGACUCAUUAGCAAUGCCAAGAAAGAAGGAUUCACAGACCCGAUGACGGUGUGCUGUGGGUAUCAUGUCGAUUACACCCACAUCUGGUGUGGAAACAAGGGACUUGGUGUCAACAAAACCGAGGUUUUUGGCGGUUCCUGCGAGAAUCCAGCGACUUCCAUCAGCUGGGAUGGGGUGCACUACACGGAGGGUGCAAACCACUGGGUUGCGAGCCAUAUUCUCAAUGGGUCUCUGUCGGACCCUCCCAUCCCGAUCAUUCAAGCAUGCCACAGGCACUAGAGAUUGAGGCUUGUGCUCCAGGGUGAGUUCAUUACCAGAAUCUAGCAAUAAACAUUAGUUCGAGAAAUCGCUUUCCAGAUUUAGUGUAAUACCAUCUUAAUCAAUCAGACUAGAAAGUCUUUUAAUGCCAUUGCCAAAUGAAGAGAGAUCUUGGUGCUGCUAUAUUCGUCCAAUAAUAAGAUCAAUAGAGAAUUUCAAGACGUGUUUAUUUUACGAGUUUGGUGUGGGUUUCGGCCAUGUUUUAAUGAUCCUGCAUACUUAUAUAUUAUUAAUAUGGUUACCCUGUUUCCUUGAAA